AUGAAGCAAGCGGCAGUCCAUGCAAAAGCCGAAUACUUCAACUCCAAACCCGGGCCUUCGGCUCGGAAGGAGGAAUCGACCACCAAAAGUUAUCCAAGCCGAGCCGAUGACUCGUCGGCAGGACACAAACGGAAGGACGACCAUGACAGCCGUCAGGGACACUCAAAGAAAGGUCGUGGGAAGUACGGUCGUAACGACCACCGGGCGCCCCUACCGAAUCACGAUCGUGCUCAGGAAGUCUUCACCCUGCUGAACACAACCUAUGAGACCGUUCUAAUGAACGAACACGACCAGAUCCCAAAGCCAACCAACCGAAAGCCCGGUCGGCAGGAUAAUCGGGACACUGGCAAAUUCUGCCGAUAUCACCAGCAGAACAGCCACAAUACCGAAGACUGCAUCAGUCUGAGGAAAAUUGUCGAGCGUCUGAUUCGGGAAGGAAAGUUGGAUCAGUACCUUGCCAGGCCACCACAGGCCCCAGCACCGAACGCGAAUCGGCAGAUCAACAUGAUCAACACGAUCAGCGGCAGCCCCACUCUGGCGGGAACCUCUAACCAUUCGAUGAAGCAGUAUGUGCGUACCGCCCACUGCCCUCAGGUCUUCGGCAUAGAGGAGGAUCGGUGCCGAAAGCUGCCGAAGGUGGGAUGGGAGCCCAUCACAUUUUGUGAAGAAGAGGAGGAGGGGAUCAUCUACCCCCACGACGACCCAAUGAUCAUUCGGGCCGGGAUCGCCGACUACGAUGUUGGUCGGGUGCUGAUUGACUCCGGAAGCUCGGUGAACGUGAUCUUUGCCGAUGCGUUCAAGGGACUGGGGAUUGCCGACAGCAUGGUCAAUCGGCAAAUCACGCCUCUCCUCAGUUUUUCUGGAGAUCUGGUCCAACCGGUCGGUAGCAUCAGUCUGCGCAUUGCCUUCGGCGUCGCCCCCCAGGAAAACCAUGACCUACGAUCAAUUCCUCAUUGUUGA